UCAUAGACAUCUUCACCUCAUAACAAUGGCCUGUGGAGUGGUCACAAAUGGUUUGCUUUUUCUGUUGUUUUGCUGUGGUUUGGGACGCGAAGCAAAUGGAUGGUCAAGGUUAAGUUUUGAAGAUGAUGCAGUGAUUGAGAAGCAACUUAGGUUUAUGAACAAGCCAGUCAUCAAGACCAUUCAGAAUCAAAAUGGCGAUGUUGUUGAUUGUAUCGAUUUCGACAAACAACUGGCUUUUGAUCAUCCUUUGCUGAAGAACCAGUCAAUUAGGCAACAACACAGCUUCCAUAAGGAUUAUAGCAAUGAGAAUUUAACAUCGAAUGCUCUGUAUUCUUGGAGUGACCUUAAUGGUGAACGAUGUCCACAUGGCACCAUUCCAAUAAGAAGGACCCAAAAGAAUGAUUUAAUUAGAUUGAAGUAUUUUUUGAAGUUAGGAGGACAAUCUUCAUACCUUUUGCGAACAAUUGAAGCUACACCAGUUCCUGGAGUUCAUUGGGCGUUGCUACAAUCAAAUGACGGCAAAUAUGUUGGGGCAAGCGCAUGGCUUAACAUUAUCGGACUUCAAGGAGUUAAAGGAGACCAAUUUAGUGAAACUGCUAUAACACUUAUAAAUGGAAUUUAUGGCCCAAGCCAAAAUUAUAAUGUCAUCAAGGUUGGAUGGAUGGUGCAUCCAUCUCUAUAUGGUGACUUCCAGACGAGACUGACUGUAUUUUGGACGACUGAUGGUUAUCAGAGUGUGCAUUGCUACAAUCAACAAUGCCCUGGUUUUGUGCAAGUAAGCUCAAACAUUGUUCUUGGUUCUGUUUUAUCGGAUCAGGGAGAUGAUAAAUUUUUAUCAUUUUCCAUAUUUAAGGAUAAAGUGACCGGAGAUUGGUGUCUGACAAUAACAACCCUGAAUGGAGUUGAGAAUAUCGGUUACUGGCCGAAGUCCAUGUUCAACAGUUUAGGUGAUUAUGCUAGCCGCAUUCAAUGGGGUGGACUGGUUUAUUCCCCAACGAGCGAGCCUAGCCCUCCGAUGGGCAAUGGCAAGUUCCCGUCUAAUGGUGGUGCCCGAGUUAUCGAGAUUAACAUGAUAAAUGAAAAUGGUCAAACUCUAGAACCACAAGGCGACGAACUCCUUUACGCCGAUAAACCUGACUGUUAUGCUACGAGCAAGCUUUCAAAUAACAAAGUUGCAGGAUGGUUUUUUAGGUUUGGAGGUCCCGGGGGAUGCAUCGGUUAGUUAGUUAGUUGGUCUUUUGUAAAAUUCCAUGGCUAAAAUAAAUCGAUGUUAACUGACUUUCCUAUGAAAUAAAAGAAAAGUUUCAG